AUGGUGAUGGAAGUCAAUCCGAUCGCUGAGAAGCAUAGCGACGAGAGAGUGUUGCGGCGGAGGGCGGGCGGUGACGUCAUACCGGAGCGAUCAGUCAGCACACUAGACCUGGCGAUGUCUUACGCCGCGCCAUCGAACUUGGUGCUCACGCCUGCACCAGAAUGCCGCAAAUUGUCCAGGGGCAUAUCUCGGGCGACAGACAACGAGGGCCUAGUGUGGGCUCUGCGGAGCAACACAGAACCAGAACCCGGCAGCUUAAGUUCGGACCACAUCUUACUGCUUCCCGAUAUCUCAGUGUACCCGCCCGAUUUCAGAAUAUUCAUCGAAAAGGACCUGCUCGAGAUGGCGACCCUUGUGACCUUGGAGUCGGCGGGCAUCCUGAACUGGUGGCGGCACGGGCGGGUGCCGGGCGCCCCCCGUUUGCUACCCCUGGCGACGUCAGGGGACGGCAACUGUUUGCCGCAUGCCGCCUCGCUGGCCGCGUACGGCUUCCACGACCGGCUCCUCGCGCUGAGGACCAAGGUGCAGGCGCUGCUCUCCGGCGAGGGGGGGGAGGCGCUCACGCAGGCGAUAAAGCGCCGCUGGCGGUGGUCGGAGACGCUCUCGCUGCGCGCCGCCGGCCUGACGCCGUCCGAGGCGGAGUGGGAGCGCGAGUGGCGCGACGCGGUGCGCGCCGCCUCCGCGGAGCCGCGGCCCCGCCCGCUGCCCAGCGCGGCGCCCCACUACGCGGGCCUCGAGCAGCUGCACGUGUUCGCGCUGGCGCACGUCAUGCGGCGCGCGGUCGUCGUGCUCGCGGACGUCGCGCUGCGGGACUUCCGCGGCGAUCCGGUCGCGCCCAUACCGUUCGGCGGGAUCUACCUGCCGCUGGAGCUGGGGCCGGAGCUGUGCAGCAAGGCGCCCAUACUGCUCGCGUACGACGCGGGCCACUUCUCCGCGCUGGUGCCCUGCGAGCCCCUGCCCACGGACGGCGCCCGGGUGCCCUUGGAGGACCAGGCCGGCAACCCUAUGCCGAUACGGUUCAACGUAGACCCGGGCGAGGACUUCCGCUGGGAGGCGGAACCGGACCAGAAGACCAUAAACAGCCUGCUGCCAGACGAGUUCCAGAGGUCCGCGAUGCUCGCCGCCUACUUGGACCUGGAGCGGGUCGAGUGCCUCGCCCAGGGCCAGCGGUCCGAGGACCUGAGCCGCUCUCUGGACGCCCUCUCCACUAAGAGCUCGAAACAGCUCAACUCGGUGGCGAAGCAGUUCGGCAGCAUCGGCCGCUCGAUGAGCAGCAAGCUCAAAAAGAACUUCGGAUCGGUGGCCAAGCUGGCCGGCAAGGGGGGCAGCCAGAGCAAUCCGGAAGAGGGUCUGCUGCGGCGCCAGUCCACCUGCGAGGUGCUCUGCUGUAGGGUGCUAGCCGCCAGGGCGCCCGUUCAGGAGGAGAUGGUCAAGAACUACCUCAACGAAGCCUGGAUUGGCUACACCGCGGAGAGGAACCGUAGCGAGACGGCGGGGCUGGCGCAGCCGCGCUACGGCACCGGCCGCUCGCAGUUCUACGCGGAGGCGGGGCCGGACGCGCACGAGGCGGCGCGCGGCCACGUGGCCCGCUCCCCCCGCCCCGCGCCCGACCGCACGCUCUACCUCUCGCGCUCCACCUUCUACGACGACCGCCCCCCCUCGCCGCGCCCCUGCCGCGCGCCCCUCUGCCUCUACUACGGCAACCCCGCCAACGGCGACUACUGCUCCAGGUGCGCCCGCCUCCAG